AUGACUUCACCUGCUGCGCACGCAAUCCCAACCCCGGCGUCGAACAUCAACACGGCCGCCUCGGCACCGUCAUACGCUUCUGCCGUCGGUACAGCGAAGAAGCCAUCCACGACGCCGGUGGUUGCUACUGGAUCACAUCCACCCGUCGUUGUGGCGAGCUCAUCUUCUACGCCACACCAUGCCAAGUCGUCUUCCGUAUCGCCUCUGAACGGCCGACCCAACAUCAUGCCGGCCAUCCCAGCCGUUCCUGCCCUUGCACACGGCACAUCUAGCGCCAACGGACUCGCAGACCAUAGCCGCAAGAGCUCGGUCACUAUGAGCGCCAACGGCCCCAACAGUUAUUCGACGAAUGGUGGUUCUACCGGAGGAAAGGCCAAUAUCCAAUUCGGAUACGAUUCGCCUGCUGUCUCUCACAGCACCCCCCAGCCCGGAUCGGCCCCAAUCGCUAUUCCAGAUAGUAACCCGCGUGUAACUCAACCCGCGAAAUCCCCUUCGCCUAUUCCACAGCCAUCCGCUAGCGGUGGACGACCCCCCUCUGGAACUGCUCAGUCCAGUAUGACUUUUGGUAGUUUCGGUGGCGACAAUGAUCGCCCUCACAUACGAAACCCUUCUGUAUCGCAAGACCCGAAUGCGUUAGCAUCACAACCGUCCCCUCAUAUGAGAAGAGGCUCGAAUGUUAGCGACAUGAGCAACCAGGGCCACCCUCAGUUAGGUCGAGGCAAUUUCCCAGCAGGCCGCGGUGGCCGAGGAUUUUCCAACAACUCAUACAACCAACCGAUGGGAUAUCCCCCCAACUAUGGGCGGGGUCACCAAAACCCUGGACGAGGCGGCAUGCCCCCGAAUUUCGGAAACGGCCGUCAGCAGCAAUUCGGUACUCCACCGCCACACAACCGAAGCCCGGCACUCCCACCGGCUAUGCCCCAGCCUCCGAACAUGCCUCCUUCCGGCAUGCCGCAAUUCUAUUAUCCCCCUCCACCUAUGGGGCCAAAUCAAGUUCCACAAGUAUAUAUCCCCCUUGAACCCCCCAACUAUGAUCGUACCCAUAAAGUCGGAAAGAAGAGAGGAAACCGUCGCGAGACCGAGAAGUUCUCGAAUCAACACCGGCGGUCAGAAUCUUCCAACGAUGAGCAUCGUGAUUUGAGCCAGAAGGCUCGACGCUUUAGUAGGCGUAUAGAUCAGAGAUUCGUCGCAGAUGGCUCGCAGCGCCAUGGUUCAACUUCACUCAGUAGUAGGGUGGAAGCGGCAUACGCAAUAGAGCCACCGAUGUUUUCUCUAGAGCAACAUUUUCCCCCAAAUUCUUCAUACCCACAAAGUUCUGGACGAAUUGAUUUAUCGCCAGAAAGUGGAAACUUUGACCGGUUGCUGACUAGUACCAAACAGAACUUUUACCACAGUCAUUUUGACCCUAAUAUGCGACCGGGUAUGCCUGUUUCAGCUGGCUAUCCCAUGUACCCGAUAAUGCAUAAUCAAGGUCAAUCUCCUGUCCCUACUUACCAGCAGCCGUAUAGUACGGGCCCGUAUAAUGCUCCAGGUGGCCAACCAAUGUCACGUAACUCUUCUCAGGUAUCCGCGGAUCAUCGACCCGCUUCAAGCACGGGUCAGAGUCAGGCACCUGUCAUUCCUCAGGGAACUCCACAAACCCAACCCGCUCAGAUUAAACCCGCCGUCGUUGCGUCGCCCCAAUUCAACCGUCCACCUAAAAAGAAUAUGGCUGUCACCAUAAAAAAUGCGGCAGCAUCACCUGUCCCUAGCAGCCACCAGUCAAAGACGCCGCCGGCUAUCGUGUCGACCCCUACACCGCCCCCCAAAUCUCAAACCCCUAAAAACGCGACCACUGUCCAUUCACGGGGCGAAAGCUUAGCAACCGCUAAGUCGAGGGAAGAAAUUCAAAUUGAAUUCAAGGAAAAGAUACAGCUUGCCAGUGCCGAUAAAGCUAAGGAAGAGGAACGCCUGAAAGCAGAACAGAUGGCUCGGGAACAAGCCAAGGCCGCCGAAGAAGCGAAGGCUGCUGAAGAAGCCAAGGCUGCCGAAGAAGCGAAGGCUGCCGAAGAAGUGAAGGCUGCUGAGGAAGCCAAGGCUAAACAGGAAGCCGAGGAUAAAGAGAAGGCCGAGCGUGAAGCGGCUGCUUCUAAAAAGGAGGAGGAAGCUCCUAAAGCUCCCGCUGAAACCUCAGAAGAAGAACUUGAUCGCAUCAUUCGGGAGAUGGAAGAAGAAGACGCCAGGCGUGAAAAGCAAGAAGAGGAGCGGCGUGUCAAGUAUGAAGCUGAAAAAGCUGCUAAGAAGGCAAACGAAGAGGCCACGCGAAAAGCCACGGCUGCUGAAAAUGACCGUAAACUUCGUGAGGCUGAAGCUGAAAUGGAGCGGUUAGAAGAGGAGAGAGAACGCAAGCGUGCUCAACAGUCUGCCGAGAAGACGCCAGCUUUGGAACCUGUCAAACCGUCGACCGACAAGUCUGCUAUUCCAUCGACAACCGAAACCACUGCGAAACUUGCCAGUCUUUCUCUCAGCGAUAAGCCUGCUAGUGCAACUACCAAGUCAUCUGCAAGUGGACGCAAGCCAGCAGCCCUUAAUCUUGCUCCGAUCAACACCAAGUCGGUUGAGCCCCCCCAGCCAAGUGCCGCACUCCAAUCCCUCAAGACAGCCAGGCUCUUAGGUUCUAGCUCCAUCAAGGCAGACCUUUACCCAGCAGGAAUUCAAUCGCCCAAUCCUGCUUUGAACGCCGCUGUCGCCAGAAAGGGCACAUCGUUCAAGUAUGACUCUGCUUUCUUGCUCCAAUUUCAGAAGGUUUUCACCGAGCAGCCUUCGCUCGACUUCGGUCAUCAAGUCAAGACCUUAAUCGGCGACGGGGACAGUGGACGAUCUGCCUCUAUCAGAACUCCAGCUGGCGGUUCUGGUCGACAGAAUUCUAGGCCCGGCGGCGUUGGUCUACCUAUGGGUGCUUUUGGGGUUUCUACUCCCGAGGGACGAACUCUGCCUCCAGGAACCACCUCGGCAGAACGAUUCGGCCGGAGCAACGACAAAUCUAUGUCUCGCCCAUCUAUGCCUAUGGGUACUUUCCCCCGGCCUGCUGGGGUAUUCCCAGGUGGUAGCCAAAUGGCACGAACGCCGUCUUCCUCUAAUAUGAGCAUGCCUCAUUCUCCACGUCAAGGAAGUCGCCGUAAUGCUAGCAGACAGAAUACGUUCAACCCCAAGGUCGAAGCUCAGGCAGCUAAGACGAUGCCGCUUACCGCCAACAUGAAGAUCGAGGCUCUCAGCACCUCGUCGACUGGCUGGAAGCCAACUAGCAUCGGUAAACCCGCAGCGACUAGCAACCUCUCUCCCCAGGUUGCCACUCUUGAUCCACAAAUGGUUCAGCGUAAGGUCAAGGCUGCUCUGAACAAGAUGACCCCUGAAAACUUUGACAAGAUCUCGGGUCAGAUCCUUCAGAUUGCCGCCCAGUCCAAGGACGAGACUGAUGGCAGGACGCUCCGCCAAGUCAUCCAACUUACUUUUGAAAAGGCAACCGACGAAGCACACUGGGCAUCAAUGUAUGCGAAGUUCUGCAAGAGGAUGCUCGACAUGAUGAGUCCUGAAAUUCGUGAUGAGAACAUCAAGGACAAGAACCAACAAGUCGUCAGUGGCGGUGCACUAUUCCGAAAGUAUCUUCUCAACCGAUGCCAAGAGGAAUUCGAACGUGGUUGGAAAGUUUCACUCCCUGCCAAGCCGGACGAAACCCAAGACAAAAAGAACUCGGAGGCUGCCAUGCUCUCAGAGGAAUACUAUAUCGCAGCAGCCGCCAAACGACGCGGGCUUGGAUUAGUUCAGUUCAUCGGUGAACUAUACAAACUGGGCAUGCUCACAGAACGAAUCAUGCACGAGUGUGUUCUGAAAUUAGUGGACUACACGGGCAUUCCUGACGACGCCGAAGUUGAGUCUUUAUCCAAGCUACUGCGAACGAUCGGAGGCAACCUGGAGACAACUGACAAGGGUCAUGUCAUGAUGGACGUGUACUUUAACAAAAUCCAGACUAUGGUCGAUCUACCAGACCUGCCUAGUCGUCUUAAGUUUAUGCUCAUGGACGUUCUUGAUCUAAGACGGGCCAACUGGGUUUCCAAAGAGGCCAACAAGGGUCCCAAAACGCUCGAGGAAGUUCGCGCAGAAGCAGAAGCGGCAGCGGCACAGAAGGCUGCCGAGGCCGCACGAAGCAACACCAGAGGUGGCCCUGGAAGACCUCAAAUCGGCCGUGGCGAUGCCAGGAACUUCUCUGGAUAUGCCACACAAGCGCAGAACCAGGUCAGCAAAGAUGACCUGCAUCGUCUAAAGGGUGGAGCAAACCGAAUUUCGAGCUCCAACCUUACAUUAGGGCCCAUGUCGAUGCUCAACUCUCGUAGUAACAGUGGCCGUCGUUUGGGCCCUAGUAGCUCCUUGAGUAGGGGUGCGGAGGACUCUGCAGCCUCUUCUAGAACUGGAACGCCUCCUGUGAGGGAUGCGCAAAGUAGCACCAAUUCGUUCGGUCUACUUGCAAACAUGGAUUCCGAUCACCCAGCGUCGCCUCCUUCGACGACGGCCUCGCCUGCUCUAGCGAAGGCGCAUCCGGAUACGACAAGCGCAGCGGGGAAGAGCGGUUGAACUGUUCGACUUCCAUGAUCAUAGAACGUCUUGCAUUUGCGGCUGCAUCGUUGUGCAUAGACUAGGACACUGGACAUUGCGUUGCAUUUACGAAGGGGUUCAAAAAAUGUGUCUUUAAAAGUUUCAGGUUUCUUUUUCAUCAUAAUGAUACCUCAAGCCGAAUAGAACUAACCCUCCCACGACCUGUCACCAUUAAAGACGACAUUUCCCCAAAAAGAGAACUUCACUUCUCCCAAACUGUGUUUUCAUUUCAUUUCUACCUUUUCCCCAUGACUUGGGACGAGUCGUAGGUGACGUUGUUUUUGGCGGGAUGCUCACUCCAUAAUCCCAGCAUCGUGACAUGGAUUGCCGUCUGGUCGGGGAUAGCUGAGAAGAAGAUGACGAGACCAAUAUGAAGGAGGAAUGGGGAACUUUGAGAAAAAGGAGGAUAUUAUCGGUUUCGAGGCUGAGUAACGCACGCAUAUGAAUCCGACCACGAAGGGAUCGGCACGGUUGCAGAAACCAACGGAUUUGGUUGUGUAUUCUUGAUUGCAUUUGGAAUUCUUGGUCCCGGCGGACCACUGGCAAUUUCUCAAAGUGCGUUUGUCUGCACGAGGCUCGGGCGGGGGGGAGAG